AAGAAGUAGAAAGAAAGUGAGGAAGUGAGGAGGUGAGGAAGUGGACCUGCGGGGCUGCGAAGUGGACAGCAGAGUUUCGUGGCGUGUGCUGUCCUUAGAGCUUUGUCUUUUUCUUUAGCUGAUCUUUGUUGUCGUGUACAGGAUGUCUAAGAACACGGUGUCCGACCGCUUCAGGAAAGUAGAUGUCGAUGAAUACGACGAGAACAAGUUCGUGGACGAGGAAGAGGGAGGAGAGAACCAGGGCGGUCCGGACGAGGCCGAAGUGGACUCUCUGCUCAGACAGGGGAAUCUGAAUGGAGCUCUCAAUGCUGUCCUAAAGAAUCCUCCAAUCAACACCAAGAACCAGAAUGCCAAGGAGCGAGCAGAGCAGCUGGUGGUCAAAGUGUUGAGCAGCUUCAAGAGCAGUGACAUAGAGAAGGCCGUGGGCUCUCUGGACAAAGCAGGAGUGGAUCUGCUCAUGAAAUACAUCUACAGAGGCUUUGAGAAGCCCUCUGACAACAGUAGUGCUGUACUGCUGCAGUGGCAUGAAAAGGCCCUGGCAGUGGGAGGAGUUGGCUCUAUCGUGAGAGUCCUGACUGCGAGGAAGACGGUCUGAGGAUCGCCAAACCUGCAGCGUCCAGUCACGCCACAGCUGAUUGUGUUUCUGAACUUCUGACUUUUUUUCCAACUGCUCUUCUUUCUAUUUUUUUCUACUUUCUGGAUUUCACACGCAUUUCUAGGAUUUCAAAGUGCUGGGUGUCAGGCAGGCGGCAAGGUGCUGGCACCUCACACAAUCUGUUUGGCGUCCCUGCAAAGAGACCCCUCACUCAGACGCAAAGCAGCUCCGCAGCUCCUCCUUUAAACAGCUUCCCGGCUGCUCUGCUGGCUCUCGCACCAUUCACUCUGUCUUCUCUCCAUCUUUCCCCUUUUCCUCUGGUAGAGUCGGACUCAUCCAGGUUGAGAUGGAGAUGAACUUUGCUUCUCUCCCAGUGCAUGCUGGGAUGACGUUCCUGUUUACCCUCAACUUUCUGAAGAUGUUUGUCCACUUUUUUUUUUUUACUCAUGCCAAAACUGUGUUUGGUUCAGCCUGAUUCGUGGCUGUUCUUCUCUCGUUGAUUCUUUGUAUAUUUGAAACAACAAAAGAAUAAAGAGCCGAAGCUGAACACUUA